AUGUCUUACCGCUCCUUCAUAUGCCGACUGAUCUUCUGCGCCGUAUUCUCCGUAUCCGUUCUCAAUAUCUUCACAAAGGCCACUCAACCCCGCUUCCACACUGGAAAAUCCCCCGCCCACCAUCAUACUGAAGAGACUUUCUGCCCAAAGUCCAAGCUCGCCGCCGAUGUUUUGGUCGUUUUGCGAACUGGAGCCACCGAAUCACAGGAAAAGGUGCCAGUGCACUUUCGUACCACGUUGCGAUGCGUUCCCCACUUUGUUGUACACUCGGACCUGGAUGAGGAUAUAGAGGGACACACUGUUCACGACGUACUCAAAGGGGUUAGUGAAGACACGAAGACGACGAAUGAAGACUUCAAGUUGUACCACCAAUUACAAGAGCAUGGAAGACGGGGUGUGAAGCAACAGCAGGUUCUUACAUCAUUGUCCGGUUCGUCGAAGGGUGACUAUUUGCGAACGGAUAACGCUGGGUGGCAGUUGGAUAAGUGGAAGUUUUUGCCCAUGAUCGAUCAUGCGCUGCAGGAAAAGCCGGAUGCGAAGUGGUACUUCUUCAUGGAAGCGGACACGUACGUGAACUGGAACAACCUUCUCGAAUUCCUUGGCAACUUCGACGACAGCAAACCCUAUUACAUUGGGAAACAUCUAUUCAUCAAUGAGGUUGAGUUUGCGUAUGGUGGCGCCGGAUUUGCCCUUUCAAAUCCAGCUAUGCAAAGGGUUGCGUCGCGACGAUCCGAGCGCAGUACUGAAUACGAGGACUUCACAAAGACGCAUUGGGUCGGAGACUGCGCGCUCGGAAAAGUACUCGAGGACGUACAUGUUCCUCUUCACCGCGCGUUUCCACACUUUCAGGGCGACUCUCCUGCUACCCUCGACCCAGCAGUCUCCAAGAUCGACCGUGAUCUAUGGUGCUUUCCUGCGAUUACCUACCACCACGUUGCCCCUGCUGAGAUCGAAGAGCUCUGGGACUUCGAGCAAGACUGGUACAAGCGCCACCAAAUUCUCCUGCGCCAUCGAGACGUGUUCAUGGAGCUUGUGCGAUCAAAGAUCGACGCGUCAGUUCCUGGAUGGGACAACAUGUCCGCAGACAAGGAGUACAAUGCGCACGAUCAUUCGGCGGCCGAGAAUGAAUUCGAGCGAAACGCCUGGAAAUCCUUUGAGCACUGCCGAGCCUUGUGCGAAGAGCAGGACAAGUGCAUACAGUUCUCCUUCGAUGCGGGGAGCUGCGGUAUUUCCACAAGUUUCAAACUAGGCUACGCGAAGCCGCAAGGGAGGAUGAACAGUGGAUGGAUGUUAGACCGCGUAGACGACCUUUUCAGGAGCCUAGAAGACCAGUGUGGCUUGCGAGAUUGGUUCGCGCCACAGGAGAGCACCACAAACACAGAGCUGAAGAUGAAGAUGAGGCGGAAGAGGGCGAUUACCUUCCCCGCGUAA